CCUCCCAGCGAGAGACAGAGCCGCUCCGGGACUUUACGAGAUUAUUUACCGGGACAGAAACCGGGACCAGACCGAGCACCGAACAUUUACCGGAUCCUAACCGAGCAGGACCGAAGAGGACCGAAGACGAGCCGAGAUGGACCGACAUCCUUUAUCCUCGCUGUAGGUCAGUGAUGGCCACCAUCUUUCCUACACGGGGAGGAGUAACAUCCAGGCUCCAUGUUGGUCGUCAUGGCAAUGCUGGAUGGAAGCACACCUAUUGAGAAGCUUCUGUCAGUGAUCCACCUGGAGAGGUACCUGGACAGCUUUCGUGGCGCCGGUCUCCUAUUGGCUCGAGACUUCACUCACCUGGACCAUGAUGCCCUUGUCAGUCUGGGAAUAACCGCCACAGGACACAGGAAGAGGAUCCUCCGACUGGUCGGUUACAUUCAGAGGACAGAGGCUCAGAGAGCCGAUCAGCGAGCAGAUCUACCACGUGACCGCUGUCAGUCUGUGUCUGGCUCCUCCCCCUCAGAGCGAGGUCACAGCGCAGCGUCGUCAGGUCCAGUUAAUUUUGAGGCUCUCAGGAACAGUUCAGCGCCAAACCUGAACGCAAUGCUGACCAACGCCGACAGCCCCCGCCCCACCCUGAAGCCCGUCCCCAAACCAAGAACCGUCUUCAACCGCCGCCGGACCACGCCCGUCCAUUUCUGUCCAAACCCUGUGCCGGCCCCGCCCAGGAGGUUGUCCCAGGAGUCCAUCUGUUUCACUGUGUUAGAGGGUCUAACCUCUGGGGACACAACUACACCUGACCACGAGUCAACGCCGUCAGGGCGCAGUCAGAGGAGGAAGCCGAGUCGCAGCUUCUCUCUGUCAGACUCUGGAGGACUGCUACCACCUGUCCCCCCAAGGCUUAACCAGGGGGUCCCCCAUGGAGGCCCCCUGGGUUCCCCUCCCUCUUCUUCUUCUCGACCUUUAAGGACAGAACAGACGCCGCCGGUGACUUCCUGUCCCGGCAGUGCAGAAAGCAGCAGACUCUCAGGGUCCUCUGGAGAGUCACCUCAAAGAGGGGGGCUGGAGAUGGUUUCUAAUGAGAUCUACUGGGGGACUUUACCUGGUUCCACUGCCCCUGGAGGAGGGAGGAGUUACUGCAGCCAGCAGACUGCCCCGCCAACACCACCCAGAAACGCCAAACAGACAGACAGGCAAACGCCAGAGAGGAACAGCGGCAGCACUCUGAGUAACAACUCUUCAGGAUCAGCCAGAGCUUCUACAGACGACCCUGAGGAGGAGAUCAGUCCGUACUGUGAGACCGUUUACCAAGGCAGAAGAAAUCCGCUCAUUGUCGAGGGUGAGAGGAGCGGACUGGAGGAAACAGAGAUGAGGAGGGCAGAGGAGGAUCAUGGGAAUCAGAAAUUCUCCUGGACCAAGCGCUUGUCUCAGGCUCUCCACCCUGGAGACUCUCAGGGCUACAGCACCGUAGGAGAAGCUCCACCCGCCCUCCGCUAUCUCUCCCUGCCCACCCACACCUUCCCCUCUGAGGGCGACGAGGACCUGACCAUCUCCCCGUACGCCAGUUACACCUCCCUGACCGAGAGAGCGCCCCCUAUCAUCAGUGGAUGGCUGGACAAGCUGUCUCCACAGGGGAACUAUGUUUUUCAGAAGCGCUACGUGAAGUUUGACGGCAAAAACCUGAUGUACUUCGGCAGUGAGAAGGAUAUUUACCCCAAAGGAGUGAUCCCAUUGGCUGCCAUCCAGAUGGCCCGCCCCGCCAAAGACAACAAGUUUGAGAUUGUGACGAGUCACAGGAUCUUUGUGUUCAAGGCUGAUAAUGAAGUCCUGAAGCGGCGGUGGGUGGGUACGCUGCAGGAACAUGUCAGAGAUCAGCUGGUGUUCGGACGGCGGCGGUUCGGUCCGGGUUCUCACUGUCAGAAACAUGGCCUCCUCGAGCUGAAAGGAACCAAGUCCAAAGUUUACGCUGCCAUCAUGACCGACCAGAUCUGGCUCUAUAAGAGCGAGCAGUGCUUCCGUAACGGGAUCGGCAUCACGGUGAUCGAAGCUCGAGGAUCGACCAUCAGAGACGGGAAACACAAAAGCUUCGAGCUCAUCACGCCAUAUAAGAACUUCAGCUUCACGGCUGAAUCAGAGCGGGAGAAGCGGGACUGGAUGGAGGCUCUGCAGGAGUCCAUCGCUGAGACUCUGUCGGACUAUGAGGUGGCCGAGAAGAUCUGGUCGAACCGCUCCAACAGGAUGUGUGCCGACUGCAAGGCCCUGAACCCCGACUGGGCGUCCAUCAACCUGUGCGUGGUCAUCUGUAAGAACUGUGCAGGGCAGCACCGGGGUCUGGGGACAAUGGUCUCCAAGGUUCAGAGUCUGAAGCUGGACACCAGCGUGUGGAGCAACGAGAUCGUCCAGCUGUUCAUCAUGCUGGGGAACGACCGGGCCAACGACUUCUGGGCGGCGAGUCUGUCAGCAACAGAGGAGCUGGACUGUGACGCCAACCCCGAGCAGAGACGAGAAUUCAUCACCCAGAAAUACCGAGAGGGACGAUUCAGACUGCAACACCCGACCAUCAGCAGCCAGGAGGAGCUGCUCAAGGUCUUGUGCUCAGCAGUUUCUGAGCAGACCCUCCUGAAAACAGUCACUCAGAUCUUCUCGGAGGCGGAGUCAGCUCGGCUCACCAGCAACUCAGACGACUGCCAUCGACAUCAGCAGCAGCUGGAUCACUGCACACCAUCAGAUCCCGGCGUGUACGAUGAGAUCAUGCAGCCCGUGCUUCACUCUGGUUUUCUCUACAAGUCCGGCUCAGUCCACCGGGGAACACUGUCCAGGAAAACCAGAGAAGACUUCCAGAAGUUCUGGUGCUCUGUGGAUCAUUCUCUGCUCCUGUAUGAGUCCGACCGAUCAGCCGAUCCGUGCUUGACGAUCAGUGUUAAAGACAUCGUCUGUUUGGGUGUCAGUCGGCCUGACUCCUCCCACAGCAGCAACAACGGCUUCAUCGACAGGUUUCGUUACACCUUUGAGCUGUACCUGAGCUCAGAGAAAGUUCAUCAGUUUGGUCUGGAGACGGCCGACGCUCUGCACAGCUGGACCAGAUCCAUCGGGAAGGCCGCCACCCCCCUGAGCUGUCACUGCCUGCUGACUCGGGAGUUUGAGCGUGUGGGUCUGCUGCGGUACAAAGCCAUGUUGGACCCUCAGCAGUGGAAGGAGGCAUUCUUCGUCCUGCAGAAGUCCAACCUCUUCAUCUGUCCACGAAACGACGGCGCGGCCGAGGACAUCAUCAACCUGAACCGCCUGCAGGAGCUCAGCAUCACCUCAGAGACCGAGAACCACGAGAAGAAGGACAUCCUGGUUCUAGUGGAGAGAGGAAGGACGCUCCACCUGCAGGGUGUUGGCCGCACAGACUUCUCUCUGUGGUACUCGGACAUCCAGAGGGCUGCGGGCGGAAAGGGAAACACUCUGAGGGAGCAGCAGCUGAGCAGGAACGACAUCCCCAUCAUCGUGGACAGCUGCAUCGCCUUCAUCACUCAGUACGGUCUGGGCCAUGAGGGGAUCUACAGGAAGAACGGAGCCAAGUCCAGGAUCAAACUUCUGAUGGAAGAGUUCAGGAAAGAUGCCCGGAAUGUCAAACUACGGAUCGGAGACCACUUCAUCGAGGACGUGACCGACGUCUUGAAGAGGUUCUUCAGAGAGGUCGAUGACCCCAUCUUCAUGGCUGAGCUCCACCCACUGUGGCAGGAUGCCGCCAAAAUCCCUCAGAGGAGUCAGAGGCUGGACCGAUACAAAGAGAUAAUCCGGACUCUUCCCAGAGUCAACAGAACCACUCUGGCUGCUCUGGUUAGUCACCUGUACAGAGUCCAGAAGUGUGCUGAUCUGAACCAGAUGUGCACCAAGAACCUGUCGCUGCUGUUCGCUCCCAGUCUCUUUCAGACGGACGGGAAAGGAGAGCAUGAGGUGAAGAUCAUGGAGGAUCUGAUUGAUAACUACCUGUACGUCUUUGAUAUCGACGAGGAGCAUCAGACCCAGAUAGAGCUGGAGAUCAGCCUAAUCACCACCUGGAAGGACACACAGCUGUCUCAGGCUGGAGAUCUGAUCAUCGAGGUUUACCUGGAGAUGAAAAUACCUGACUGCUGCAUCACUCUGAAGGUGUCUCCCACCAUGUGUGCCGAGGAGCUGACCAAUCAGGUUCUGUUCAUGAGGAAUGUCCCACCCACAGACAGAGACGUGUGGAUGACAUUUGAGGCCAUUGAAGAGGGGCAGCUGGAGCGUCCGUUACACCCCAAAGAGAAGGUUCUGGAGCAGGCACUGCAGUGGUGCAAGAUGGCCGACCCAAGCUCCGCCUACCUGGUAGUGAAGAGGGUUCCAAGAGGAGAGGGCAUCAACAUCCUCACCUCCUAUAAGUGUGAGAUCAUGAAGGUUGGUCUGCUGAAAUGUCGUGAGGAGCCUCCAAAGCUUCUUCAGGGGAACAGAUUUCAGGAGAGAACGUUCCAGAUCAAAGACCAUAAACUGCUGCUGCUCAAAGACAAGAAGAGCAUUAAACCAGAGAAAGAGUGGGCUCUGAAGUCCAUGAAGAUUUACAUCGGCAUCCGUAGGAAGCUCAAAGCUCCCACCAGGUGGGGCUUCACUGUGAUGUCAGACAAACAUCAGCUCUUUCUGUGCUGCAGCUGUGAGACAGACCUGUGGGACUGGAUCACCAGCUUCCUUAAAGCCCAGAAUGACGACCCGGCUCCUCCGGUGCUGAGGCGCCACUCCUCCGCCGAUAUCUCCAAGCAGAAAUUUGGAACGAUGCCGCUCGUACCAAUCAGAGGAGACGAGAGCAAUAGCAGCCUGCUGUCAGCCAAUCAGACGCUGAGGAAGUUACACGACAGGAGGACUCUCUCCAUGUACUUUCCCAUGAAGGUGCAGCAGGACUCACUAGAGGAGCGCCCUGAGUCCCCAGACCUCCCCGAGUCCCUGGACCUCCCCGAGCCGCUCUACGAGGAGGUCGGCGACUUCGGCCUGCAGGUGCUGAAGUCUCUGGAGACCAGCUUCCUGUCCAGCAGCACGGCCGAGACGCAGGAAGUCGUGGAUCAACCGCCGCUCAGACUGGUUCCUGUGGAAACUGGAAACGGAGAUCACAUCAUAGUCCCCGAUGUGGUUCGGUCAGAGGCAGGCGUCGUGGAUCCUGAGGAGCAGAGGGGAGGAGGAGGGGGAGGUGAUGGUGGAGCAGACCGACAGCUGCUCGCGGCAAGGAGGAGGACUGUGGUCUGCACGCCGUCACAGGAGCUGCUGCUGCAGGAGCUGUCGUCUGCUUUUAACAAGAGGACGGAGGGGGAGGAGGGGGAGACAGGGGGGGAGCAGAACCAGGAGGGGCAGGAGGAGGAGGAGAGGCCAUAUGAUGUCUGA